AAAGAUCCCCAAUAAACAACGCCAGGUCGUCAACACAGUUAACACUCGUUACGCUCUCCCUCCCAAAAUAGUCAAGGCUCAGGACUCAAGACUCAGGACCCCUAAAUUUGACACUCAGCUCAGCUCCUACCUUGUAACCCAGAUCCAGCCAUCCAAGUUCUCUCUCUCGCUCAUGCAUUCUCUUACAACACUGUACUUCUUCAAUUCUUUCUAUCUUUUGCAGCCUUAGAGAAGAAAUCAUUACAAUAGCAUUGGAGUAAGAUUCGAAUGUUCGGUUACUUACUCUGCUAGAUAGUGAUCUGGUAUGCUGGAAAGUUGGUUAGAAGAAGCUAGGAACUAAAAGUCUAAAUUAAUUUUACUACGAAGUUUUUUAGGUUGAUUAAUGGGAAGGAUCAAAUCUAUAUUGGGUUUUAUUGAUUUCAUGUUAGAAAGUUAAUAACUGAGUUGCAAGAUUGGGUCUUUGGACAAGAAUGGAAGAAAUACAGUCACAGUCCGAUCACUAUAGAUCGUCUUCUUCAUCAGCUAGUAGUCCUGCAAGUAGGGUACCCUCAAGUAACUUUUUCUAUUUGCGGAAACCUGGCUCUCUAGGACAACCCAUUUCAUUUGAGGAUUCACCUGAGUGGGAUGACACUGAAAUUGAUGUGCGGGUGGAGGAAGGAGGGGACUCUAUCCAUGCUGCAACUACAGCCUCUCCUUCUCUUUCGAAGCUUAAUAGUGGGUCACUGCCAUCCCCUCCAUUGCCUGAUGGAUCAGUUUUUGCAAGAAAAAUUGCGGGAGCUUCGGUUGUGUGGAAGGACUUAACAGUUACAAUUAGGGGAAAGAGGAAAUACUCUGAAAAGGUCGUGAAGAGUUCAAAUGGUUAUGCUUUGCCCGGGACACUUACAGUGAUCAUGGGACCUGCCAAAUCUGGGAAGUCCACUCUGCUAAGGGCGAUUGCAGGAAGAUUGCAUGAACCAAGUAAAGUGUAUGGGGAAGUGUUUUUUAAUGGGGCAAAAUCUCACUUGCCAUAUGGUGCCUACGGUUAUGUGGAGAGGGAAACUGCACUGAUUGGAUCUCUUACUGUACGGGAGAUGUUAUACUACUCGGCACUGUUACAACUUCCUGGAUGCUUCUCCCAAAAGAAGAGUGUGGUAGAUGAUGCCAUUUCUGCUAUGUCUUUGGGUGAUUAUGCAAAUAAACUGAUUGGUGGCCACUGUUAUAUGAAGGGCCUCCCUUGUGGUGAGAGAAGGCGUGUCAGCAUUGCCCGAGAGCUUGUGAUGAGACCACAUAUCUUAUUUAUAGAUGAACCUCUUUAUCAUCUUGACAGUGUGUCUGCACUUCUGAUGAUGGUAACGUUGAAGAAACUCGCAAGCACAGGCUGCACCCUUAUUUUCACUAUGUACCAAAGCAGCACAGAAGUAUUUGGCCUUUUCGAUCGGAUUUGUCUCCUUUCAAAUGGAAAUACACUAUUUUUUGGAGAAACACUGGCAUGUCUGCAGCACUUCUCAAAUGCUGGAUUUCCUUGCCCAAUAAUGCAAAGCCCCUCUGAUCACUUUCUACGCGCAAUAAAUACAGAUUUUGACAGGAUCAUAGCCAUGUGCAAAAACUGGCAGGAUGACCAUGGGGAUUUUUCAUCCGUAAAUAUGGACACUGCAGUAGCAAUACGUACCCUUGAAGCAACGUACAAAUCAUCCAGUGAUGCUGCUGCAGUUGAAUCUAUGAUAGCAAGACUCACAGAUAAGGAAGGUCCAAUUCUUAAGAGCAGGGGCAAGGCUAGCAAUGCUACAAGGGUAGCGGUUUUGACAUGGAGAUCAUUAUUAAUUAUGUCAAGGGAAUGGAAGUACUUCUGGCUUCGGCUGGUUCUCUGCAUGUUUCUCACACUAUGUGUUGGUACGAUAUUUUCUGGCCUAGGGCAUUCCUUGUCAUCUGUAGUGGUGAGAGUUGCAGCAAUAUUCGUAUUUGUAUCAUUCACUUCCUUGCUAAGUAUUGCUGGAUUACCUUCUCAUCUAACAGACAUAAAGGUCUACACACAUGAGGAGGCAAAUCAGCAUUCAGGGGCAUUUGUUUUCUUACUUGGCCAGCUCCUCUCUAGCAUUCCAUUCCUAUUCCUCAUCUCGAUUUCAGCAAGUCUUGUCUUCUACUUUCUCAUAGGACUGCGGGAUGAGUUCAGUCUGGUGAUGUAUUUUGUGCUGAAUUUCUUCGUGUGCCUUUUAGUAAAUGAGGGGCUCAUGCUACUUGUUGCUUCUCUUUGGAGAGAGCUUUUCCAGAGUGUUUUGACAUUGUUGUUCAUUCAUGUGCUAAUGAUGCUUGUAGCAGGCUACUUUAGAAUUCGCAGUGAUUUGCCUGGACCAGUGUGGACCUAUCCAUUGUCCUACAUUGCUUUCCAUACAUACUCUAUCCAGGGGCUUCUGGAGAACGAGUACAUUGGGACUUCCUUUGCUGUCGGGCAAGUAAGGUCCAUCUCUGGGGUUCAGGCUCUUCGUAGUGCAUAUGACAUUUCUACCGAUGGUAAUGAGAAGUGGAAAAAUUUGCUGUACUUAUUUUCCAUGGGAAUUGGGUACCGCUUUGUUGUGUUUCUUCUGUUGUAUUUCCGGUCAAGGAAGAAUGCAUCCACCUAUAAGUUUUAUGGGUCUGACAGGAGCACAAACUCAAGAUGACUGUCUCUUGUAUGCUACCUAUUUGGGUAUGUAUCGAGUAAUUUGGCCUUUGAUCUGA